AUGUCGAACCCUCAAGAUAACCCAGACACUCCUCCACAACCUACCUCUUCUGAUUCCUCCACACCUCCUCAACCCAGUACAACCCCUCAUCCUAGGAGGAGAUGUGUUAAAAUGAUUGCUCGUAAAAAUAUGACUACAGGUGCACUGUCAAAAAGAUUGAACGCACAAUUGAAGGCUAGCCAAGCCCAAGAAUCUGAACACUCAGACGAUUCCUUCAAGUCUGCAAGUGAGAGGGAAGGAACUGGGUCUUCUGACUCUGAGAAGAUUCAGACUUCCCCUUUUGAGGUACGUUCUGUUUUGGUUGAAAGUGUAGAAAAUAGGUUUGUUCUUGUUAGCUCUGUUAGAAAUGUGGAAAUGCCUGAGUUGAGAAGGAGAGGAGGUAAAAAUAAAAUUGAAAAAGAGGAGAGUGAGGGUGCAAGCUGUGAUGUGAGGGGAACAGGGAUAGAAGUGGUUGAUUCGUCACCCACCUCUAAGAUGGUUAGACCAGCAAUUUGUGGGACUGAGGAUGAAAUUGUAGGAGAAAGUGGCAAGAAAACAGGGGGAAGUGGAUCAGGGGAGGCUGUUGAGGGUUUGGUAAAUUUAAGUUCUCAUGUGGAUGAACCCGGUUCAUCUAUUGAAGAAACCCUAGCAAACCUUCUGAAGAAAGUAGGUGCCAGUUAUAAUCCCAAGAAAAGGAGAACACCAACACCUAAGGUUCCCAGCACUACAAAGAAUACCAAGAAAAGAAAAGCUAAUUCCCCAACAACUGCUGAAAUUCUCUUGGCAAAGGGGAGAGCCACAAGAAGUAUGGUGAAACAGAGUGAGAGGUCUAAGGCUGCUGAACCUUUAUUGUCCAAGAGGACAAGGUCUGCAGUGAAAAACAAACAAGUUAGAAUUGGUGAAGAUGAAGAAUGGAGUGGUGAAGAAGAGAGUGACUCUGAUUGUGAACAAGACAAGCUGGCCAAGAUAUCGGCAUGUCAAUCAGCAAAAGAAAUCUGGGAGGCUCUUCAGACAGCUCACGAAGGAAUAACACAAGUUAAUCAAUCCAAGAUCUACAUGCUCACAGCUGAAUACGAUCUCUUCAGGAUGAAAGAUGAUGAAUCCAUCCAAGAUAUGCAUACUCGGUUCACCUCUAUCAUUAAUGAGCUUCACUCUCUUGGAAAGCAAAGUGAACGCCAUUACAGAGAGAAGGACUUGCAGGAGCUAACCAUUGAUGAGCUUGUCGGCAAUCUGAAAACAUAUGAAAUGAAGAAGAAGAAGAAGGACAAUGAAAGAAGAAAGCCCAAAAGGAAGAAGAACCUGGUCCUCAAGACAGACAACAAUGAUUCAAGUAAUGAGGAUGGUGAUAUGGCUUACUUGACAAGAAGAUUCCAGAAGAUGGGAACAGUAAAAGAAAGCAGCCUACAAUGCUGUCUAAGUGUUGUUGAUGAUGAUGCUGAAUUAUGGCAUAGGAGGCUGGGUCAUGCAAGCUUCCGUUGCUGA